AUGGACGAACUUCUAGGUUAUGCUCCUCCUGUUACCAAAGUUUUAGUCGGCUCAGCUCUUAUUACAUCAACCUUAUGCUCUCUGAAUUUUUUAGAAGCUCAUGAUUUAUUUUUUGAUAUGAAUCUCAUCAUUGAAAAAUAUACCAUUAUAAAUAAAUGAAAACAUUCCUACUGAUUGCCUUAUUCAUGCUUACUAUAUAAAAACAGGAUAAAGGCAGCCAAUAGGAAUGUUUAUAAUCUCUUUAGCAGGCAUAUGAAUUCUGAAGACUCUUCACAACAUUCACAUAUUUCGGGAAUUUUGGGAUUGGAACGUUCAUUAGCUUAUUUACCUAUUUCCAAAAUUGCAAAAUGCUUGAAGUUAUGAUGUUCCAAGGGCAGCUUGCAGAAUUUUUAAAUUUUAUUUUGGUAUCAUGCAGCUUGCUAUUAAUAUUGGCUCCAAUGUUUAACUUGUUUUUCUUAUCAGAUGCUUUAUUUAUGUGCAUUAUGUAUUUACUGACUCCCCCCCCCCCCCCUCCGUGAGCGAACAAAAAAAUUUUGUUCGCUCACGGAGGGGGGUUUAUUUUUUUUUUUAAAAAAAAUUUAUAUAUAAAUUUUAUAAAAAAUAUUUUUUUCGAAAUUUAAAAAAUCCUAAUUUGCAAAAAUUGGGAAGCAAAUAUUAAUUUAAUUUGCAAAAAUUUAUGUUUUAAAACGCAAUUUGUUUUAAAAUUAAACAGAAUUAGCUCUAGAUUUCAUUAUACUAAUUAAUCACUUAUAUAUCAAAAUUUUUUUCCAUUAAAAUUUUUUCUAUUAAAAAAAUUUUUGUUCACUCACGGAGGGUGGGUUUUUGGUCAAAAAAUGGCGAUUUUUCUAAUGGUUUUGUUCGCUCACGGAGGGGGGGGGGGGAGUGAGCAAAAGAAAUAGACAAGGAAGAUUUAUGUUGAUUGGGCUUCCUAUAGAUAUCCCAUCAACAUUUCUGCCUUAUGUGUUUCUGAUGUUUGGCUUCAGCAAAUCAAAAAUAAUUGGGAUGAUUUUAGGACACCUUUAUUAUUAUUUUGAAGAUGUUUUACCAGUUCUCCCCACAAGCCAAGGUGUCCGGCUUUUAAAGCCAAAUUUCAUAGUCCGGUAUUUUGCAAAGCUUAUAGAAAAUUAA